AUGCCAGAUCACCAGAACGAGAUCAUCCUCAUAACCUGCGCCUCGGGAAAACAAUCCUCAGCUCUGAUCCCCCACCUCAUCCCCCACUACCCACACCUACGUCUCCAAUGCCACAGCUCCCCCUCAGCUGCCACUUUAUCUGAAAACUACCCAAAAGCCGAAAUCGUACAAGCCGACCUCGCGAACAAAGACGACUGCACACGCAUCCUCAAAAACGUCACUGCAGCAUUUCUAGUCCUCCCACCUUUCCACCCACACGAAUCACAAUUAGGUAUCAACUUCAUCGAUGCCUGCAACGCCCAAGAAGAUGCUGGCGGACCUUUCCAGCACUUGGUGUACAGCAGCGUCAUCCACCCCAUCCUCCGAAAACUGCUCAAUCAUGAUGUUAAACGCUACGUGGAAGAAUACCUGAUUGAGUCUGGACUCGACUAUACGAUCUUGCAACCAACGCAUAUCAUGGAAAUGCUACCUCUUGCCAAACUCCUCAAAGACGAAAAACCAAUGUAUCCUUGCAAUUGGAACCCCGCCACGAAAUUUUCUUUUGUUACGACAAAAGACAUCGGCCAAGCGGCUGCGAAAGUGUUAAUGCAGAGAGAUGCACACUUUGCAGCAACAUAUCAGCUAGUCUCGACCCCAAAACCUCUGUCUUAUGUUGAGGCUUGCGGGAUUGUAUCAAAGGUGCUAGGGAAAGAAGUCCAGGUGCAGCAAAAAAGCUUUGAGGAUGCAGUGGAGAACACGAUCAAGAUGAUCAAUGGAGGGAAGGAGCCUCCGAAACAGAUGAAGGAGAUUGGGGCUAGGAUGUUCUUAUACUACAACGAGAGGGGCUUGGUCGGGAAUUGUAACGUAUUGAAGUGGCUGUUGGAGAGGGAGACUACUGGGUGUGAGGAGUGGGUUAGGACGAGAGUUGGCGAGAUUGAGAAGAGCAAAGCGUCCUAG